UUUUUUCCUGUGCCAAUUAGUAUUCAUGGCUGGAACACUCGUGUACCAUUUUCUAAAUCACCCGGAGACAUCUUUCACAGUUUUACGAGUUGCCAAUAUCGUCAGUUCUAGGAGGUAUCAAUCGAUCCAUCGGAUGGGCAAUUUAGCAGCAGACACGAAGAUUUCUCUACGAUUCCGUCUCUCGAGGAAACAUCGCAGGCGAAAUCGUUAUUCCCGACAAUCCGCGAUAACUAUCCGUAAAUCAACGGAUCUUUAUCCCAGAAGCCGGGGAGUGCGGGAGACCAGACCCGAAAGCUCAGUCGGAUGGAUCUGGAAAAUGCUACGGACUUCUCAGGGCUGUCGUCUCUCUCCUCGCUCAGGGAAGGCUGACACGCGAUAUCACGACGUGCACGUUUCUCCCGAGGUAUUCUCAAGGAAGUGCAGCAUCGCCCUGAUACACCUAGUCUUAAAAGGGUGCGUUUAACCAGACUCCGUAUAA